AUGCAUUUCCCAUCAAUCACCGCCGUUGUCCUUGCCACUUUGUGCACUGGCACUCAGGCAUGGCAAAUUACUGCCUACAACAAUGUCGACAACUGCAAAGCCAAUCGCGACAGCACAUACCGCAUCUACUCAGGUGCUACCAAUAACGACGGCUGUAUGACCAUUGACGGGAACAUGCCUGGCACCAGCUGCCGUCAGUAUUUCAACGGUGGUUCCAGCAAUGGCGAUUGUUCGAACACUUUGACUGCUCGUUCCAUCCUCCAGGAAGCUGGAAGAUGUGUUGUCUAUGACCAAGCCAACUGCAAGGGUAGAUACCAAGACAGCGGUAAUCUUAACGGCAGGUCAUGCGCUUCCCUGGAGCGCUACAAUUGGGGUCCCAUCCGCUCCUUCUGGUGCACUGGCUCCUGUAUUUUCCUUGGGUGA